GCCGGUGACGAAGCAGCCGAACAACGCGAUACACGAAACGUCGUUACGUCGCCCGGUUGGUAGUCGGAGAGAGAACGCGACAGCGAAGGGAGCGAGAGAGAGAGAGAGAGAGAGAGAAAGAGAGAGAGAAGAGGAAGGAGGAACGAACGAACGAAAGCAUCGGUCGAAGGCACACAACUGUACGAGUAACGUGCGAGAGAGCAUCGACUGUAGGACGCUCUUGAACACGAACCGCACGCGUCCGACGGAGACUAGAGAGCAGUGGGGAUAUCGAGAAGGCCAUUUUCGUUGCCGGUGUGCGCGAUACGACAUUACAACACACGCAGCCCCGCGUGCGUUUCCAGUGUGAGGAGAAACGAGCGACUGACUACCACUCCGCAUUUAUCGUCGGGACCGUACGUCCGCGAGAAAAAGGACCGUAGUGAAGCAACUUACGAAUCAUCGAAAACGAGCCGACUGCAUUACCUUCGCGCUGUGCGUCGGUGUUCUUGAAUUCUUCAUUUUUUUACGCGUACUACGUAAUCGGUCGUCGUGAUCACGUCGCUGCUGCGUCGCGGUUUGUCGUGUCGGUGGAAGUUAUUUCAUUCUCGCCAUCCUCAACGUUGUGUCGCCAUCGUUGGCGUCGUCAUCGUCGUCGCCGCGUGCGUACUAUUAUCGUAGUUCCUCGAUCAUCGUCGUCAGAGCGGCGCGAACCGUUCCGCAGGACGUUCCGCUCGUUUGUUCGAUAAAGAAGGGACGACGGAGCAGAGAAGAAAUCGACGCCAGCGUCGUACACUGUGAAUAACAGCAGCGUGGACUCUGUCGCGACGUUUCCAGCGAGCGUCAUCGUCCAACGUCUUGAUCAGUGUUGCACGAGAUUUACAGUCGAGCAAAAUGCCGACGAGUUUAUUCAGCGAGAUGGACCGUGGCACGAACGGCGGCGGCGCCGGUGCCAUCGAGGAUCAACGCGCUCUUCAGCUCGCCUUCGAGCUCUCGAUGCUCGGCCUGGAGGGCUCAUCAGGAUGCCCCGGCGCCGGUACCGGCAACGGCACCACCAAUGAUCCGGAUCCACUGCAAAACACGCCUGCUGUCUUCGAGGAGGCGCGUUCUAAGAAGAGCCAGAACAUGACCGAGUGCGUGCCGGUGCCCAGCAGCGAACACGUGGCGGAGAUCGUCGGCCGACAGGGCUGCAAGAUCAAAGCAUUGCGAGCGAAAACGAAUACGUACAUCAAGACACCAGUGCGCGGCGAGGAGCCGGUGUUCGUCGUCACAGGACGCAAGGAGGACGUGGCCCGUGCGAAGCGUGAGAUCCUCUCCGCCGCGGAGCACUUUUCGCAAAUUCGCGCGUCGCGCAAAAGCUCGCUGGGUGCACUUUUGGGCGCGCCGCCAGGACCACCGACGACUGUGCCCGGUCACAUAACGAUCCAGGUGCGUGUACCCUACAGAGUAGUGGGCCUCGUUGUCGGGCCCAAGGGAGCGACUAUCAAGCGUAUUCAGCAUCAGACGCAUACUUACAUCGUGACGCCCAGCCGCGACAAGGAGCCCGUAUUUGAGGUGACGGGUCUGCCGGAAAGUGUGGAGGCGGCCAGACGCGAGAUACAGGCGCAUAUCACCCUGCGCACCGGUACGGCGCCCGGCGUCGUUGACGAGACUGAUUUGUUGGGUGCUCUGUGCCGCGGCGGACUCGGUUCGGUUCUCGGUAUUCAGGGUAUGGAUCAACCGGGCUCCAACAGCUCCACCAGCUCCAACGGUGCGUUCUCAAGCAGCGGCAGCUGCAGUAGCUCAUCUAGCAGCUCCGGCGGCAUCGGACUGAACGACAUCGUCGCUAUCUGGGGUGCCGGUCUGGAGAGAGAUGAGGGACUGGGAGAGUCGCCGUCUUUUGAGUCACAACCAGCGCCGGCAUCGUCCAUCUGGUCGUUCCCCAGCGUAGCGCUACCCUCGAGACCAUCGCCGCCGACGACGGCGAGCCCGGCAUCACCCACGGAUUCGCUCCUCGGUGGCGCGCGACGCGAGUGUGUCGUAUGCGCUGAGAAGGAAGUCACCGCCGCGCUCGUGCCCUGCGGACACAAUCUCUUCUGCAUGGACUGCGGUAACCAGGUCUGCGAGAACCAAGAGCCGGCCUGUCCGGUCUGCAGCCGGCCUGUCCUGCAAGUGCUCCGUAUAUUCUCCUAAGAGGGGCCCCCGUCGAGCCGCCCGUCAGUCUCCCCGUGUCGCGACACCCGGUGUAUUACACAGCAACUCAUCUUCUAUCGCUCCACGAGCAAGGCCGGCUAACGAUUGUUCCACGACGGCGGGAGGUCGGAGGACAACAUCGGCGCCCGCGACGCCAACGGCAGUGAUCCACGCGAGGAUCCUCACGGAGCGUCGUCCCCGGGGCCGGCUUGUCUCUUCGCUGUCAUCAUCAUCGGCCUCGUCGUCGUCGUCGUCGUCGUCGUCGUCGUCGUCGUUGUUGUCAUCGUCCUUCCAGUGCCGGUGUGACGUUCAUCGUUGUUGUCGUCGUCAGGGGACCGAACGCGCACAAUGUCUCAAUUCCACGGCUGCCAAUAAUCUCUUUUACGCGACGGGAAUUCGCCUCGGCGAAUCGCGCCCACGGGCCGAUCGUCGGAUCCGUCGAGUUCCCGCUGACCGGAUACAACGAAACCAGCUUUUAAGUUCUACGAGAUAUAUAUUUAAAGAAAGAGAGAGAAAGAGACAGAGACAGAGACAGAGAUGGAAACAACACUCACCCACCGUCAUCGGCCGCAUCUCCUACCCCCUUCCUCUUCGCCUCAUAUUCACCAUCUCGUCUGCAUUUCCCCCUUCCCGUCCCUCAUACACACAUAUGUACACACACACUCCUUGAGGCUUCUAUAGAUUGGGCUCGCGGCUCGUCGAGUAUUCUCUAAUAAACCACAAGGUAUGACAGUACGAAAGAAUACCGAAGGAGAGAGCACUUCCUUUGUGAGUACUGUUCGGACUGACGUGCGAGAAAAAGAGCCUCUCUGUCGCCCGCAAAAGAUCGACGCUGCGAUACUCUGCGACUGAUAUUAUUAGUAGCGAGAUUGAUAAUUACCGAGACGCUACUCUGUUUUUCCCUUUUCUGCGCGGUGGCCGCGGUCCGAACGUUGAGAUUAAUCGAGUCGCGGACCGACCGGCCCCCGCCGAAUCUUUGACCACACUUGACAUUCUCGGUUUUACCAUUUUUUAAAGACUCUGCUCGUUCCUGAGAUUUCUUUGAGUCGAACGUUUGCUGGGAACGGAGGCUGCUUAUUUAGCAUGAUGGAUAUUAGAGCUUUCACGACUUUCUUCCCCUUUUUAGUAACUCUGACUGAAUAACUGACCAUGUUUGAAUCAACCCCCCAAAAUGAAACUUUCGACUUUCUGAUUGCUCAUAAGCUUCUCGUAACGUUCGGUCAAAGCAUGCAUCUGUCUCGUAUCUUCGAUUGUCAGUACUUUCAAUCGGUGAUAACUGAGAGAGAUACAAAUCUAACGUUUUUUUAUUUGUCUCUAAUCUUACGAUGCUUGUUUCUGCGUCAAAGAAAGGCUAGAUGAAAUAUCAUCUCGAUAAUUUCACGACAAUUGCGCACUGGGCAACUUUACUAUCCUCGCGAAACAUACAUUCUCAUGUAUUACUCUUGUUUUUAUUUAAGAAAAAAAGGAAUAUAAUAAUUCUGAUCUCAGCGUUUACACGGGAACGCGCAUAGAAAGUGUUAAGUUCUUAUCAUCGAUCCGGAAAGGAGUUUUCCGUUGCUGAGUGUACAAUUACGAACUCGACGAACCUGCGAGCUGCGGUCGCGAGUGCGACACUGAAGAUUACCGAGAAUUACUCACACCUACACGUACACGACACACACACACGCAAAUACACACUGAUAGAUGAUCUCGCACAGACAUCCUACACGUGAAAAAGAGAGGGAAAAGAAGAGAGGGUCACGGGCCCCUCGAUUCGCCACGAAAUCAUGUAGCGAUAUAUAGCGGACGGUGCGUUCGUUCCACCCGGCUUCCCUCGCUAUUAGAGUAUUAUCUUAAAAUAAUAUCUUUAUAUAAGCGAAAAAUAGCAAUCGAAAUAAUGAUAACUUUAAUAAUAUAUUAUAUAUAUAUAUAAAUAUAAACAUAAAUAUAUACAUAAAUAUAUUAUGUCAGGAAGUCUGAUAGAAUGUGAGCGAAUGAGAAGAUGAUAGAAUGCGGAAAUGUGAAUGAAAGAGAGAGAGUGAAAGAGAAAUAUAGGCGGCGAAUGAUAUUUUAUCGACGAGAUUUAGAUUUUGUAUUUUUCGCGAUUUCGCCGAUGGGACGACGGGUGGUCUUGGGUCGUAACGCCGUAGAGAGAAAAAAAAAGAGUUAUUUAAGAAUGCGUUACGGCGAGAAAAUGGAAAAUCGCAGAGAGAUAUGCGGACAAAAAAAGAAGAGAAUAGAGCACAAUGCGUAAGUCGAGGGGCCGCGCGUCCGCUCUUAGGUAGGAAGAACGAGCGCAAAAGGAAAAAAAAAAAACAGGUCAGUCGAUGCGCCAGCGGCUCGCGCAAGUGUAUUUUUCGACUAGUAAUAAUCAAGUAGAUUGCUUAAACGCUCGAUUAAACGAUACUCGUUUCACGUAGGGAUCGACGAUGCAUACGUAAUGUCUUUUUCCUGUUUUUGUUGGAGAGCAUAAUCACAUUAUCACUAUAUUAUCAUACAUUAACCCUUUCCGGUCGUGAGAUUCCAUUUGGAGUGAAUAAUUUUCAGUUUACAAUAUGCUUUUUCUAUAAAUUCCGUGCGUCUUUACAUAGCAUACAUAGGUUUGUAGUUCUGACUUUUAUCAUAGCGAUACAUUACAGUUUUCAACUGCAAUUUUCAACAUUCAAUGUUUAAUUAAAUUAGCAUCAGCAUGUAGCGGCGUGGUAAGUGAAAAUUUCAUCUCCGUGGAAAAGAAAAAAAUAUGAACCGGAAAGAGUUAAUAUACAUAAAUGUGUGUGUGUGUGUGUGUGUGUAUGUGCGCGCAAUCGAGUGUGCUAAUGAUGUCCGAUACGUUCGCAUUCGCGAGGAUACCUUACGGCGCAUGACUUACCUAUGUUUUUUAUAUAUAUAUUAUUUACGCGAACAUGAAGCAUUGAGUGAAAAAUUAAUUGAAUAAAAUCAUUCUUAAAUAUUGCAGAGAAACUUGAUCAUUGAAUUUAAACGCAUCGGACACAUUAACGCACGCGACUGUAAUGUAUGGAUGUAUAUCGCACAUUUGUUAUAUAUAUAUAUAUCUGUAUAUAUAUAUAUCUAUAUCUAUUUCAUUCUAUAUGCAUAUACAACGUCAUUCUGUACCGCUUCCUCUCGAGGAUCGCCGGAAGGAAGGACGAGGACGCAUCUCUCAUUACUUUCGAAGACAGGCGGAAGACAUCGUCCUCCCUCCCCCGUUCUCGUGGACGAGCAUUGUGCUUUCGCAAGGGUGAUCGCAGGGCUCCCCUCCGUUAGGCGCAAGGAUGCAAAACCACGACGUUCGUUCUGCGUGGACGAGAGGAAGCUCGGUACGUGUCCCUACGGUCCGUAAUCUGCGUGUAAUCUCGUUUUCGAAGAAAGACGAAAAGAGGGGAAGCUAAUCAAACGGGACCCUCGCAACGAGAGGUCCCAAAAUGCGCGUGAUAGGAGAGAACGAUAGCUCCAGAUUUUUAAAUCGAACAACAAAAGGCGCGAUAGCACACGACACGUUUCGCUACUCGCGACGCUGCCGGGCGUCACGCGUGAUACCGAUAAUUUUGUAUUCUACGCCAUAAAGUUAAAUAGAGUCUAUCUUAUCGGUGUGUCGUAACUUAGAAGACAUUAUAACACAUGGGUGCGGCAAGCAGUUUUUUUUUUUUCGGAAAUCUAGCGUGCGGUAGCUGAACGUGUCAAAAACGUUAACAGCGGAAGAGAUAAAAUUCUUCCGCGUAUUUCCGUUUUCCCUCGCUUCGAUAUCGAGUUUAUUCCAUAAAGUUCCAUUUUCCUUUUCGGCCUCUGUCAUCGUCCCUUCGAUUUCUCCCUCCCACUUACCCCCCCCCCCUCCCUAUUUCCCCGGCGUCCUUCGUCGUUGUCUGCAUUUCUAUUUUUUAUUGUCGAAAGUUCUUGUCAAUCGUUGCCAUUUUUUAAACGAAUAUAUGCUCAAGUCGCAGCUCCGAAUAAGUCGAGGUAUAUUAUAAUACAUAUUACAUAUAUUAUAUAUAUAUAUAUAUAUAAAUAUAUAUAUUAUAUAUAUCUAAAUCGCCCAUCGUGAUGGGUGUUGGACGAUAAGAGAGAAUAUUUUUUCGAUCUUUUCGAAUAAGAGACUCGAUUCUUUAGUUUAGUUUUCUUUUAUUUUUUAAUUUUUAUCGCGCGAAACGAGGAUGUCUCCGUUCGCCGUGUGCUUCGCGUUUCGUGUUUCUCCACUCCAGUUCCUCUUAUAUUUCCCGUAUAUACCACGCGAUCUUCGUUCUGGACUCUUCUUUACACAUACAUAAACAAACACACUCACAUACACGAACGAACGAAGACUCGCGUUCUCACUCACGCAUUCACUCUGCACGAUUAAAUGCACGCUAAAAAUAAAUUCGCGUACGCACGAGCUUCGGGUGCGCGAAAGACAUACGCGAACAAUAUUUAUAUAUUAUUAUUUGUUACUUGUAUAUCUACACGUUUCACGGACACGAAGGGAAAUAAGCAUACACUUACAUACAUACGUAUACACUCACGCGAUAAUACACAAAAGACACGAUACACGGAUAACAAAAUCGUAUAUUUAUAUACUAUGAUAAUUGAGGAGAGAAAGAGAGAGAGAGAGAGAGAGAGAAAGAGAAAGAGAA